AUGUGCCAGAGCAUCGGAUACAGGGUAUCUGAUGAGGUGUCUGAUGAUGAGGUAUCUGAUGAGGUGUCUGAUGAGGUGUCUGAUGAGGUGUCUGAUGAGGUGUCUGAUGAGGUGUCUGAUGAGGUGUCUGAUGAGGUGUCUGAUGAUGAGGUGUCUGAUGAGGUGUCUGAUGAGGUGUCUGAUGAUGAGGUGUCUGAUGAGGUGUCUGGUGAGGUGUCUGAUGAGGAGGUAUCUGAUGAGGUGUCUGAUGAGGUGUCUGAUGAGGUGUCUGAUAAUGAGGUGUCUGAUGAGGUAUCUGAUGAGGUGUCUGAUGAGGAGGUAUCUGAUGAGGUGUCUGAUGAGGUAUCUGAUGAGGUGUCUGAUGAUGAGGUGUCUGAUGAUGAGGUGUCUGAUGAGGUGUCUGAUGAGGUAUCUGAUAAGGUGUCUGGUGAGGUGUCUGAUGAGGUGUCUGAUGAGGUGUCUGAUGAGCUAUCUGAUGAGGUGUCUGAUGAUGUGUCUGAUGAGGUGUCUGAUGAGGUGUCUGAUGAGGUAUCUGAUGAGGUAUCUGAUGAGGUAUCUGGUGAGGUGUCUGAUGAGGUAUCUGAUGAGGUGUCUGAUGAGGUGUCUGAUGAGGUAUCUGAUGAGGUGUCUGAUGAGGUGUCUGAUGAGGUGUCUGAUGAUGUGUCUGAUGAGGUAUCGGAUGAGGUGUCUGAUGAUGUGUCUGAUGAGGUGUCUGAUGAGGUGUCUGAUGAGGUAUCUGAUGAGGUAUCUGAUGAGGUAUCUGAUGAGGUGUCUGAUGAUGUGUCUGAUGAGGUGUCUGAUGAGGUGUCUGAUGAGGUGUCUGGUGAGGUGUCUGGUGAGGUGUCUGAUGAGGUGUCUGAUGAUGAGGUAUCUGAUGAGGUGUCUGAUGAUGAGGUGUCUGAUGAGGUAUAUGAUGAGGUGUCUGAUGAGGUGUCUGAUGAUGAGGUAUCUGAUGAGGUGUCUGAUGAGAUGUCUGAUAAUGAGGUGUCUGGUGAGGUGUCUGAUGAGGUGUCUGAUGAGGAGGUAUCUGAUGAGGUGUCUGAUGAGGUAUCUGAUGAGGUGUCUGAUGAGGUGUCUGAUGAUGAAGUGUCUGAUGAGGUGUCUGGUGAGGUGUCUGGUGAGGUGUCUGAUGAGGUGUCUGAUGAUGAGGUAUCUGAUGAGGUGUCUAAUGAUGAGGUGUCUGAUGAGGUAUAUGAUGAGGUGUCUGAUGAGGUGUCUGAUGAUGAGGUGUCUGAUGAGGUGUCUGAUGAGGUGUCUGAUGAUGAGGUAUCUGAUGAGGUGUCUGAUGAGGUAUCUGAUGAGGUGUCUGAUGAGGUGUCUGAUGAGGUGUCUGAUGAUGAGGUGUCUGAUGAGGUGUCUGAUGAUGAGGUAUCUGAUGAGGUAUCUGAUGAGGUGUCUGAUGAGGUGUCUGAUGAUGAGGUGUCUGAUGAGGUGUCUGAUGAGGUGUCUGAUGAUGUGUCUGAUGAGGUGUCUGAUGAGGUGUCUGAUGAUGAGGUAUCUGAUGAGGUGUCAGAUGAGGUGUCUGAUGAUGAGGUAUCUGAUGAGGUGUCUGAUGAGGUAUCUGAUGAGGUAUCUGAUGAGGUGUCUGAUGAGGUGUCUGAUGAUGAGGUAUCUGAUGAGGUGUCUGAUGAGGUAUCUGAUGAGGUGUCUGAUGAGGUGUCUGAUGAUGAGGAAUCUGAUGAGGUGUCUGAUGAGGUGUCUGAUGAGGGGUCUGAUGAGGGGUCUGAUGAGGUGUCUGAUGAGGUGUCUGAUGAGGUGUCUGAUGAUGAGGUAUCUGAUGAGGUGUCUGAUGAGGUGUCUGAUGAGGUGUCUGAUGAGGUAUCUGAUGAGGUGUCUGAUGAGGUGUCUGAUGAUGAGGUGUCUGAUGAGGUGUCUGAUGAGGUGUCUGAUUAG